AUGCAACAGUCACUGAGGAUUCUGCUCACAGGCGGAGCACGUGGAAUCGGUCGCGGACUUUUCCGAAACUUCCUCUCAGCAGGUCAUCGAGUCAUUGUACUUGAUUGGAAUGAGGAGGAGUCGAAUAAUGUUGAAAAGCAGGCAGGCCAAUGGUCAAACGGACAUGAUAGGAACUGGCGCGUGCUAAAGUGCGAUCUCAGCAAGAGAGACCAGAUCAAGUCUGCCGUUGAGACAGUCAAAGAACAAUUCGAUGGAGAGCUGGAUGUCCUGAUCAAUAACGCAUUCCCUACAACCCUGGCGCUUUCCGAAGACCGAAGACUAGAAGCAAAGGGCGAUGAGAUGGAGACAGAGUGGGACCUCAAGCUUGCGAUUGGUCUCACAGCUCCCUUUCUUCUCAGCCGUUUAUGUGUGCCCAUGCUUGUGGCUGGACGGUCAACGUCGGAUUCACCUGGCACUAUUAUCAACAUUUCCUCGACCCGAACUUAUCAAGCUGAAUCUGAUCAUGGGGCCUAUUCCACAGUCAAGGCUGGUCUCUUGGGUCUGACGCAGUCCAUGUCAGUAUCUCUCGGCCAUCGUCACAAGAUCAGGGUCAAUGCCAUUAUCCCGGGCUGGAUUCAUGUUGCGAAUGAAAGCAAGGCUGCAGAUGAGAGCGGAGCCAAGUGGGAGGACGACUUGAGCAACGAAGACCAUGACUGGCAUCUCUCAGGAAGGGUGGGCAAUGUAGAGGAUAUGACACGAGCGAUUGACUAUGUUGUAGGUAGCGCAUUCGUUACUGGGCAGGAGAUUGUCGUCGAUGGCGGCGUGGGUAGGAAGAUGGUGUAUCCUGAAUAA